UCGAAGCAUUCCGUGUUCAGCUUUUCCCAUUAGAUUCAGGUGUAAAAGAAACAAGACAGAGAAGCCAAAAACGAAUUCUUUUUAUUGUGCGAUGCCUCCGACGAAUGAUAACAGAAUCUACGGCGAGACACCGUAUACCUCGGCGUCUCCACCACCACCACCGCCAAAGCCCAAAACGAAAAUUCUCUCUCUCUUCCUCGUAGGCGCUAUCAUGAUAUCAGUAUUCUUUCUCUUCCUCCUCCUUCUCAGCAUCGCAUCUCUUCUUCUUCUCCCUUUCCUCAUCUCCUCUCUCCAUCGCCACCUACGACGUCGCCGACGUAACCGCCGCCACGUAUUCUCUGAUGGUUUAUCUUCAAGAUUCGUUAAAAAGCUUCCAGAAUUCAAAUUCUACGAACCCACCACAAGGUACGGAAGCGAUUGCGUGGUUUGUCUUGAUGGGUUCAGACAGGGACAAUGGUGUCGGAACCUUCCCGGCUGCGGACACGUGUUCCAUCGGAAGUGUGUGGACACUUGGUUGCUCAAAGCCGCGACUUGUCCUGUUUGCAGAGCUAGGGUUAGUGUUGUUUCCAUAUCCGGUAUGAUGUAAUAUUUAUAAAUGAUGUAAAGGG